AAUGUGCAACACUUGAUCACUCCCAAAGAAGCAACCUUUUUUCCUUUCUUCUUUACUUUUUCAAAAAAAUACCCUCACCUUUUUCCCUCUCUCUCUCUCUAUUUUCUCACUCCAAUUCCAGUGUGAAUGUAACUCUUAUCAGAACACCUUAACUUCUCUCACUUCACAACUACACUUUCUCGUCUAUAAACCCUAAAUUCUCACCCAUUUCACGCACACAAAUCAAAAUGCAAGACAUAUUCGGAUCAGUGCGCCGAUCCUUGGUCUUCCGAGUACCCGAAGGCGAUGACCAUGGCACAGUCGAAACCCUAGUCGACAAGAUCAAUUCUUGCAUCAGAAAAUCCAGAGUCUUCUCUAAACCUUCAUUGCCGCCGGCCAACAGAGAGAAUGCGCCUCAAAUCCGGUGGCGAAAAGGUGAAUUGAUUGGUUGCGGUGCAUUUGGCCGUGUCUACAUGGGCAUGAAUCUCGAUUCCGGAGAACUUCUCGCCGUCAAACAGGUUUUGAUUGCGACGAACAGUGCUUCGAAGGAGAAAGCACAGGCCCACAUAAAGGAGCUUGAGGAAGAAGUGAAACUCCUUAAAAAUCUUUCCCAUCCGAACAUUGUUAGAUAUUUGGGCACGGUUAGGGAAGAGGAGUCCUUGAAUAUUCUGUUGGAGUUUGUUCCAGGAGGAUCAAUCUCAUCACUAUUAGGAAAAUUUGGAUCUUUUCCUGAGGCUGUCAUUAGAACAUACACAAAACAAUUAUUACUGGGAUUAGAAUAUCUUCACAAGAAUGGAAUUAUGCACAGGGAUAUUAAGGGGGCAAACAUCCUUGUUGAUAACAAAGGAUGUAUAAAACUUGCAGAUUUUGGUGCAUCCAAACAGGUCGUUGAGCUGGCUACUGUUUCAGGUGCCAAGUCUAUGAAGGGUACACCAUAUUGGAUGGCUCCUGAAGUCAUUCUUCAAACUGGCCAUAGCUUCUCUGCUGAUAUAUGGAGUGUUGGAUGUACUGUAAUUGAGAUGGCCACCGGCAAGCCUCCUUGGAGCCAGCAGUACCAAGAGGUUGCUGCUCUCUUCCAUAUUGGAACUACGAAGUCUCAUCCGCCAAUCCCUGAACAUCUCUCCGUGGAGGCAAAGGAUUUUCUGCUGAAAUGUUUACAGAAGGAGCCAGAGGUGAGGCGACCAGCAAAUGAAUUGCUAAAGCAUCCUUUUGUUUCUGGGAAAUCCAUGGAGUCUCCUGUUUUUCAGACUACAUCAAUCGAGAACUUUAAAAGCCCUUCAUCAACAUAUGGAGUGAACCUGGAAAGCUCACCUGGGUCGGUGGAUAUGUGCAACGUGGGAAAUCUUAGCUGCUCAGGUGCAAAUUCUAUGAAAUUGUCAGACGAUAGACAUGUUUGGGGAACAAACUACGCAGAUGAUGACAUGUGUCAGAUUGAUGACAAGGAUGAUUUUAUGGCGGGUGGAGAAGUAAAUAUUAGCUCUGUUUUGAUGCCUGAUGACUUUAAUAAGAGUUUCAACCCCAUGUGUGAGCCUGCUGAUGAUUGGAGGUGCAACAAUGAUGGGAGUGCAGAACCAGGAACAAGAGGCAUUAGUACUGACACUGAUCAACCAGUUCAUAGGUCUGCUGGUAGCCCUGAAAUAUCUGGUGUGGGGGGGAAAGAUUUCUCAUUUCACUGUGGGCGAUCACUAUCUGAGGAGGAUGAUGAACUUACUGAGUCUAGAAUUAGAGCCUUUCUGGAUGAGAAGGCUCUAGAACUUAAGAAACUACAAACACCUUUGUAUGAAGAGUUCUACAACAGCAGUUUGAAUGCAGCUAGCUCCCCGAAUUUCGCUGAGACCAUGCACGAUGACAGUUCUCCGAAAUAUUUGAAAUUACCUCCUAAAAGCAGAUCACCCAGUCAUGGUCCAACUGGUACCCCAUCUCCAACAGUUGAUGCUGCUAGUACUGCAAGCCCUGGAAGUGGUAGCAGGCACGUACUAAAUGUUGGUAGCACAAGUAAUCAAAGUUUACAGGACAGUCCAUCACAUCAGCAUAAAAAAGAGCUUGCAGUUGAUGUUCAGCCAGAGCCUGGUAGCCCAAGUGUGAGCUUUUCUGAAAGACAACGAAAAUGGAAAGAGGAGCUUGAUCAAGAGCUUGAGAGAAAGCGAGAGAUGAUGCGCCAAGCGGGUGUAGGAGGGAAGACUUCGUCACCAAAAGAUCGAGCUUUGAAUCGACAAAGAGAGAGAUCAAGGUUCGCAUCUCCAGGAAAAUAAUUAUAUGUAUUAUGCAUAUCCUGUCUGCCUUUUUGGAAAAGAUUGUGCAUUCCAAUCAGAAAUCUAUCAAAUGCUGCUGCAGUCUUGGUGAAAAUGUUAUGACAUAGGGCGUGGCCAGCGUACAAGCUUUGCAUGAAAAUAACUGCUACGAAAUCUGUCACGCAUCCGGUUCAUUUUAUCAUAUGAUUUGUCCAUGUAUAUUCUUUUAAAGGCCAAGUCAGUAUAUGUUACAUUGUAUCAAAGAACCAUUGUUAAAAGUAUAUGCCUCUGAAAUUUUUUCUUUUUGAGGUUGCGGAGGGGUGGAGGAGGGCAUUUAUGUUUUCCAGUUGGUGUGUUCUAUAUACUACAAUUUUGUAAUUCUUAAUGUAGAAUAAUCAGGAUUGAUAUGGCACAUGACAGCCUCAGAAAUCCUGUCCCACUUUCUUUUUCAGCAACUUAUUCACUUCAUUGUUUUUGUGCUUGAA